CUCAGGCGCCAGCGGGCAGCAGUGGCUUGUCAGGCAGCAGAAGCCAAGCUGCGGGACUGGACUGCGCAGGAGAUCUGCAGACAGCAGCUCCAAGCUGGGGAAGGGUUCUCACGUUUCUUUAAUAUUUCUUUUUCUUAUUAAAUGCCUCUCUCCCUUUGGCUGCCACAACUUGGAAGAGCAGAAAGUGAUUCGAAUAAUUGACACAGAGGCUUCAUUUAUGGCCCGUGAAGAAGUUCUGAGUAAGUCUGCAUUCAACGGCAUCCCCAAGAACAGGGAUAGCCAAGCUUCUGGCCCUGCUUCAGACAGGCAGAGCCCUCUGGCAGCCCAGCUGAAGCUGCAAGAGGUGGAGCUGUGGAAGUGAUGGCAAUGUCCAAGUCCUGGACCGAGGUAGCCUAGCUCGGUAAGCAGGUCUGAUUGACCCUGUGGCUCAGAAGUCCUAAAUUGUAACCACCAUGAUGGAUGACGACACUGAGUUGAGGACUGAUGGAAACUCCCUCUUAAAAGCUGUAUGGUUGGGGAGGCUCCGGCUGACCAGACUCCUCUUGGAAGGGGGAGCAUAUAUCAAUGAAAGCAAUGACAAAGGUGAAACAGCUCUCAUGGUGGCAUGCAUUACUAAGCAUGUGGACCAGCAAAGUAUUAGCAAGUCUAAGAUGGUGAAGUAUCUGUUGGACAAUAGAGCAGACCCCAAUAUCCAGGAUAAGUCUGGCAAGACUGCACUCAUCCAUGCUUGCAUCCGAAGAGCUGGGGGAGAAGUGGUGUCCUUACUUCUGGAGAAUGGAGCAGACCCCAGUCUUGAGGAUCGUACUGGGGCUUCAGCUCUGGUCUAUGCAAUAAAUGCAGAUGACAAGGAUGCACUGAAGCAUCUUCUUGAUGCCUGCAAGGCCAAAGGUAAGGAAGUGAUUAUUAUAACAACAGACAAAUCAUCUUCAGGCACAAAAACCACCAAGCAGUAUCUCAAUGUCCCUCCAUCACCCAAAGUGGAAGAUAGACAGUCACCACCACUGUGUGCAUCUCCUUCUGACAUUGAACUGAAGGCUCCUGGUUUGGGUUCUCCACCCAGUGAGAAGGAUGAUGAUUUCUUCAUCCUCCAAACAGGACACCAAAGUGGCUGUAGUUCUUCUAAGGCCCUUAAUGAGCCUGGAUCACCCACCAGGAAAGUAUCUAGCCUUAAAAGGGCCCGCUUGCCCCAGCUGAAGAGGCUCCAGUCUGAACCCUGGGGCUUGAUCGCUCCUUCUGUGCUGGCAGCCUCCACACGCCAGGAUGAAAACCAUGGCACAAGCACAGACAAUGAGGUCAUCAGGAGCAUCAAUGACAUGUCUUUCCCUAAAAGGGGUCCCCUCUCCAGAGCCAACAGCAUUGACAGUAAAGACUCCACCCUUUUCCCCACAGUCCAAGAACAAGUUCUGAAAGUUCCAACCUCAGCACCAGCUACCUGGAAAGCAGCUUUCGAGAAAGGCCAGACUCCCCAUCCACGCCUUGCCAGGAGAGGAACGCUUCCUGUUGACCUAGAGAAGAGUGGGAUGUGUCCACCAGGAUCGACAGUCCUGAAAGAUCCAGCAUCUCUCAAGCUGUUGGAAAAUGACCUCUAUGAUUUAGAUGUACAGCCAGGGUCUGACCCACCCAACUCUGUGUCCAUUGAGUCAGGCAAAGGACCUUUAGAUAGAAAGAAACUAAACAGCUCACACUUGUCCCUUUUCCAUGGCUCUCGGGAGUGCCUGGAUGCUAUACCCAGCACAUCUCCCAGCUCAGUGCGUCGCAGGCCCCCUCAUCUUUUAGAAAGAAGAGGUUCGGGAACUCUCUUACUAGACCGCAUUGCUCACACGAGGCCUGGCUUUCUUCCCCCUUUAAAUGUGAAUUCAAACCCACCUAUCCCAGAUAUCAGAACCAGUAGCAAACCAGCUUCCCCACUUGCUGGUGGCUUAAAAUCUAUGGUUCCCGUUGCUCCAAGUUCACCAAAGAGAGUUGACUUGAGAAGUAAAAAGAAACUUCUUCGAAGGCAUUCUAUGCAGAUUGAACAGAUGAAGCAGCUCUCUGACUUUGAAGAAAUCAUGACCUAGAACCCCUUAGAAACAGUUCCCUCGCUCCUAGUCUUUAGAAUAAUGAAGAAACCAAAUCUAGAACAACACAUCCACACAGCACCUCUUCAUCCCAAUCAUGGUGUGUGACAGCUUCAGAAAACACGGUGACAGGUGCAACGUCACUUUUGAGACAAACCCAAGGGUUAUUUCAGAGGGCUACUUCUGAGAUAAACCUUGGGUGUUGCUGUUUCACACACCAAAAGAGCUCAGGAUAACUGGGUUGUGGAGCUACAGGUACGGAAAGAAAAAAAUUCUCCAAAGGAAUCAAAUUACCUUUGUAGUUGGAAGGUAACAGCACAAGUUUAAUGGUUGGUUUUUUUCUGCCAAAAAAGCAGAAAACAGGAAUUUAAAACAUGAGAUUGUAUUCAGAAUACGUCAUUUGUAGUCUAUAAAGUGCCUAAAAAAUGAAGUUCUCAUAUUUCUCUGGAAAGCAGAAAAGCUCAAAAAUACCCCCUAACUUCUGUAUCUGAAUACCUUAGUUCUACAUGGCGAAGGAGAAGCAAAGUGUUCCCUCACGGAAGAGGUUUUGACAUAUGGGUCUCACCUCUCACUGUGCUGUGACCAUUGUGAAAAAUGUAGGGAGGGCAUUCAGAUUUCCCACUAAUGUAUUUUGGUUACAUAUUAACUUGGGUGUGCUGUUAAUCCCCAAAUAUCACAGCAGAUCUGUGCUGUGUGCCACAGGAGCUGGUAAUUCAGAGAUGAGCAUUCCUCCAGAAAUGAAAUCAGAGGCACCACACAGGAUCCAUGUUGAAAUAGUGUGGAACACUCCCUUUUAAACAAACCCAUUAUUAACUAUGUUGGACACAAAGGUGAUAUUAGUUGACCCAACAGAACUUUACAAAUGUCUCCUGAUUAUCAUUAAGACAGUUUGGAGAUUUAUGAUAGGCUUAGUGAUAAAUGACCAUAGGACAUGUACAGACGAAACAGCACAGUAGGUAGCUUUCCAGCUGGAAACAGCGGGAACUGGUUUGAUUUUUUUUAAGCCUGAACAUUUAAUGGGGUGAAAACCAUCAUUUCCUAUUCAAUGAUCUGAGUAAAUUGAGGGCAAUCUGGCUUCUUCUUUACCUGCAUUAUCUACGUGAUAGAAGAUUUAUAUAAAUCACCUCUGUAAUUCUUCCGAGGUAUGAACAAACCCACAGAGGAAGAGAUGUAGCACAUUUGGCAUAACGUAGCUACAUUGUAAGUGAGGAGUUAGAGCCCUCAUUUUUCCCCAUUUCUUUUUCCUCUUAUGUGGGCUGAGGUGCUUUUGUCCAUUGGUUAAGAAACUCAGGUGUCCCCACAGAUGGCAACAUGCAUAGGAAGAAUCAAGGCUUCGGGUCUGACAGAUUAGGGUUUUUACUUUCAAGUGUUUGACUUUAGGAAAAUUAGCAAUGCUACUUUUGGCCUCCGUUACAUCAGCUGUGCAAUGGUAUUCACAAUGUCUAUAAAGUUGUACUAUAGAUUAAAUCAUGGAGCAGAUAGAGGCAUCAGAUUUUGUGUGGACCAUAGGUACAAAUCAUUAGAUGACUCUUUAGUUAUUUCUUGAGAUCCUGUGAGCCUCAAAAAUAUCAGGCAGCAAAUAAUGUCCUAUACAAAACAAAGUCAAGUCUAGCUAAAAGAUUUGAGUGUCUCUAUGGGACCCUUAGUGAUUCUAUAAAUACUAAUUCCUAAAAACUCAUUUGUCACAUAAAGCAUCUGCCACAAAAGAUCUAUAUCUUAUACCAUUUCUAUAAGGUUGUAUGAUAGAAAUUCAUCUACAUUUAUAUUCCAAAAAGUUUUGAGUAAUACUUAUAAACAAAAAUGUUUAUUUUUUUUUUUUAACAAAAUGAUUCCUUUCAGGAAAGUACUUACUGGAUUUUGGCACUUUUCACACUUGGGGCUGACAACUGUUAUGGAGGGCAUGUCCUGGGCAUUGUGUGAUGAACAGUAGCAUCUUGGCAGUACUCAGUAGAUGACAUUCUGACAUCCAAAUGAUAACAACCAGAAAAACUCUAGACAUGUCCAUAUGUGUCUGUUCUGACAGCAACACUGACUUGGUUGCUCACUAACGCUCCUAAGAAAUGCUGUAUGUGGUGGAAAUUUGCCAUAAAGGACAAAGUGAAUUGGAGAUGUAGCCUUCAGAAUUCUUAGAAAAUCCACACAAACAGGAGUAUUAAAGGUCUUGUACUUUGCAGAAAAGGAGCAUAUUGGAGAGAGUACAUAAAGCAUGAAGAUCAGGGCUCAAGAACUUGAUUUAAUGUGGGAAACCCAUACGCUUUUCAGAACCGCCUAGUAGUUCUCACUCAGUAGACACGAUCACAAAUAACAACUCUGAAUGCACUAAAGAAAGAAUCAUAGAGAAGGCCCUGCUUUUAGCAUGUUUAACACACACACAUACUCACUCACACACACACACCUGCACAUUUCUAAUACAUUUUAAGCUAUGAUCCGUGUCUAUUGGAACUAGCCUCUGCUAGUAGAAUCUAGCUGUCAGGAUAAAAAGACAUCCCAGAAGAGAAUUUCAUAAGCCUUUAGCUAAGAUUUGGAAGCCUAAUUUAUCCUGAGUAGUAGCUUUGGUACAUUCAUAUUAGUUAGCUUAGGAGAAGUACCAAAUAAUAAAUUUCUCAUUCAGAGUAGUUGGACCAUUGAACUAAAAUAUAAGAUCAGCUAUUUUCAUGCUAGUGUCAGCCAGUUGUGACCUUUUCAUCAGCCUUCUUUAGGUAGCCAUCAGGACAGCAUCUUAUCUCAUCGCUUCCUGGUGAUGUAUUAGUCAAGUUAGACUGUCCUAAGCUAAUGUAAUGGCGAAAUUACUACACCACUGAUCUUGCUUAAAUAAGUAUUCUUGUCCAUGUCAAUGAACUUCACAGAAAUGCUUUUCAAGAAUUGUUUUAGAUUCACACAUGUUUCCUAGUCAGGGGUUGUCAUAUCCCUUUGGAAAUCUAGUCACUCUAUAAGUUAGCUUCUAACUACACUUUUAAUUAUCUAUCCACUUAAGUGUCUAGGUUGUUUCUAAAUAUAAUUUAGAAAGUGAGCCCGAAGUUUAAAGUCUAGAACUUUGGUUUGGUUUCUAGAUAUUCCAAAGCCUUUGGUUUUUUUUUUUUUUUUGACACAAACUGCUGUCAACUCUCUUAAAACUUUGUCAGUAAAUGGUACCUUGUACAUGCAGGAUGGAGGUGCCCUUCCUGCUUUGUGUGUGUUGGUGCUUCAGAUGUAGCUCAUGUUGCUUCCCCUGGUUCUCUGCAGUGCUCUGUCCUAUCUCAAGCAGAGGAUGUGUGCAAACAUGUGUCCAAGUCCAUGCAAGGAAACCAUUUAGAUGUUUCUAAGAUGUCAAUAAAAGAUAUAUU